GUUUUUGUGAAUGAGUGUGACCUUUCACCCGCGUUGCAAAGAUUCGCUUAAUAAUUCUCAGUAAUUCUCAUAUUCGCACAUAUCGAGAUGUCACAUAAAAUAAAGAUUGGUAUCAUUGGUGGUUCUGGUGUGGACAAUCCUGAUCUGUUCCAAGAUAGACAAGAGAAGUUUGUAGAAACUCCAUAUGGCAAGCCAUCAGAUGCUUUGAUUCUUGGCAAGAUCAGUGACGUAGAGUGUGUCUUACUUGCACGGCAUGGCCGUGGUCAUUCUAUAAUGCCAACGAAUAUAAAUUAUCGUGCCAAUAUACAUGCACUGAAAGCCGAAGGAUGUACGCAUUUAUUAGUGACAACCGCCUGUGGAUCACUACGAGAGGAAAUCAAACCAGGUGAUGUGGUCAUCCUAGAUCAGUUUAUUGACCGCACAACUAAACGUCAACAAACAUUUUAUGACGGUUCAUAUAGCAGCCCAAGAGGUGUCUGUCAUAUUCCAAUGCACACACCGUUUUGUGAACAUACGCGGCAGGUUUAUAUUGAAGCAUGCAAAGAGUUGGGUAUUACAGCGCACUCAUCAGGAACCAUGGUUACCAUAGAAGGACCAAGAUUUUCAACUGUUGCUGAGAGUCGCAUGUUUCGCAGUUGGGGAGCUGAUGUCAUUAACAUGACCACUGUGCCUGAAGUUGUACUAGCAAAGGAAGCUGGUCUUUGUUAUGCUAGUGUUGCCAUGGCAACUGAUUAUGAUUGUUGGAAAGAAUCCGGGGAAACGGUGAGUGUGGAAGCUGUUUUAAAGACGUUUAAAGAUAACGCAGAAAAGGCUAAAAAUAUUUUGUUUAAAGUGAUUCCCAUGAUAGCACAGAAAGACUGGACAGAAGUUAUUCAAGCCCAUCAGUUACUUGGCAACAUUCAAGAUAAUACUGAUUAUUCAGAACCUAUUACUAUUGCUGCUCCAUAUCAACCAAGAAUAUUCCAGUUUAUAUUUAUAAUACCAACAAUAUGUGAUUUGUUUGGAACAACAUUAGCAGGUAUUGCUUUGAUCCUGGGAGGACAAUUAGUCAGUGCUAGUCAGAUGAUUAUUGAGGAAACAUUUUUGAAACGCAGAGGAUUUCAUCCACUGCAUGUUGUUGGUAUGGAAGGAAUUUUUGGAGUAUUUUUCUUAAGUGCGAUUAUAUUACCAAUACUUUAUUAUAUACCUGAUAACUCUAAAUACAGCAGUAAAUAUGAGGACAGUUUAGACGCAUUACUUCAGAUUAAAAACAGUACCAGUAUACUUAUAUUCACAUUACUGUAUCUCUCGUCUAUUGCGUUCUAUAAUUAUUUUGGAUUGGCAGUAACAAAGUCCCUCACAGCUGUACAUCGAACUCUUAUAGAUGCCUGUCGUACUAUUGUAGUAUGGGUGGUGUCCUUAUUUAUUUACUAUGCUUUUGGUCAAGAAUUUGGUGAAGGAUUUGACACAACAUGGGGAAUAUUACAAAUUGAUGGCUUCAUGUUUCUUGUGAUCGGUACAGCUCUUUAUAAUGAACUAUUUGACCUGGAAUGGGUGCCUUGCUGUAAAAAGCCGUUGGAAGAUGUGCCAGUACAGUCGCAGAGUGAAAGGAGAAGGCAUGAUGAUGGUGAUGCCAAUAGUGAUGAGGAUGCGCAAGAUUCUGAUGGGUUGCUAAGAAAUAAAGGAAAUGUGAUUACAUGAAAGUAAUCUGUUAAAAAAUUAGAAUACAUUAAAGAAAGGGUUGAAUUUUAAGUAGUAUUUACACACCCACCAUCCUAUUUAGCUGACUUUGAAUUUAUUUUUUAUUUAUAAAUGUGAAAGUAACAAAGCAAUACAAACACGUACUUGUAUGUUAAUUCCUAGUCUAAGAACAAUAGGUUCUUUUAUUCUUUAUUUUAAACAGCACCAUCGAUAAUUAUGUAUUUGUGUAACAUUGUAACAUAUGAAGACACUUCAUGUGUACCAUUCUUAUGUCACUACAUAAUGAAGGUCUACUUUCUCUAAACCGCAUUGAUUUCCUGAGAGACAAAUGUCGUAACAAUGUCUCUAAAUGUUUUAAAGUCACAGGGACUUUCAUGAAAUUGAGGUAUGUAAAAUUUACAGCGAGUAUUUUGCAAUAAAUGUGAAGCUCAACCAUUAUCAUUUUGAUUAAUCACAGGUGGUAAACAAGAAAACAAAUAAGUAAUAAUG